ACGACAACGCAACGCGAACAGCACAGCACGCAUCGCCAACCACGAGGAUAGUAAGUUGCCACCAUUUAGUGGGACACUUGAAAUAACGCCACUCUCGACACAGUAGCCACCAUCGGAUUCGUCACCGCCACGCGGAACCGCGAUAAAGAGGCGCGUUUCGAAGUACUUUGCAACAUGUUGAAACCUGCACCACAGCGCGCUUAAUAUGUCAUCGGCAGAACUGAUAUACGAAUAUUGCGUCUCAUCCUGCCAUCACGCGCUUAUCGGUUUGUUUACGUGAUUGUUUUUUAAUCCCCAGAAGCAGAAAAGGGUGGAGAAGUUAGAGCGAUCGGAGUUCUCACACGUUAGCACACCAUGAACGCUCGCUCGCACACUUUUGCGUUGACGCUGGAGCCCUGCCAGCUGGAGGAGGCUGCUGCGAGCCUCUUCCAUACCAUCCUGUUCCAUCGGAGUCUCGGUAAAUUCCGUAUCAUCGACCAUUCAUCCUAUACGGCCGGUUCACUUGGCUACCAGGAGGUAGACUGCCAACUGAUCGAUCUCACCUACAUCCGCUGUAACUCGCAGUCCCUCGAUCAGACUGUUUGCCGACAGCUAGUGGCAUUCGCGCGGCAAAUGCACACCGGCAGCGGUGGCCAGAUAAGCUUGGAAUUUUACCAGCGCCGUCGUCGGAAUCGUUGGCACACUUAUCAGACGCCCGCCAGCUGCUUUCCGUGGGAAGUAUGGUCGGUACAGCUCGAGCUGGUAGAACUGCGAGAUGAACGCGAACGGGAGCUUUGCCGGGAUAGGCUGGGCGAUACGCUGCGUGAAAUGAUCUGUGGCAUUGUGGAGCUGGUCGGUCGCGAUGACUAUCUGCCGGACGUGCCGUGCCGAAACGAGCUCCACAUGGUCUACGACACGAGCUAUCCCGAUGUUCAACCGUACCUGUUCCAGUUCCGCAACACAACGCAAGGUGCGACGGUACCAUCGUUCGGUGCUGCCGUUGGAAAGACACUCCAGAAGCUGAUGGACCCCUUCGGAUGAUUCGAAAUGAUAUCAUUAAAACUUGCUAAAACAUCGUUAGAAGUUACUACGAGUGCUAGCGUUUAAGUGCAAAGAACUGCGCAAUUGCGCGCGAUCGUCUCACUCUAUCUCAAUCACACUCGAUCUGUGUACAAAUAAAGCAGCAAAAUGUCUGCUGCCCCGUUUCGAUUAAAAUCCCACUUG